UUCAGCCGCCCGAGCCGCCGCGCGGGACACGCCGAGGACCCGGAGCGAGCUCCCGGGCCGGGGGGACGAGGACGGGGACGCGGCCUCGGGACGGCCAGGCAUGGAUCAGUGCGUGACGGUGGAGCGGGAGCUGGAGAAGGUGCUGCACAAGUUCUCGGGCUACGGGCAGCUGUGCGAGCGCGGCCUGGAGGAGCUUAUCGACUACACGGGCGGUCUCAAGCACGAGAUCCUGCAGAGCCAGGGCCAAGAUGGUGAAUUAUCAGGGACACUGUCACUUGUUUUGACACAGUGCUGUAAAAGAAUAAAGGACACAGUCCAAAAACUGGCUUCCGAUCACAAAGACAUCCACAGCAGUGUUUCCCGGGUUGGAAAAGCCAUUGAUAAGAAUUUUGAUUCCGACAUCAGUAGUGUGGGAAUCGAUGGCUGUUGGCAGGCAGACAGCCAGAGGAUCCUCAAUGAGGUGAUGGUGGAGCACUUUUUCCGACAAGGAAUGCUGGAUGUAGCUGAGGAACUCUGUCAGGAAUCUGGACUGUCUAUAGACCCAAGUCAAAAAGAACCAUUUGUGGAGUUAAAUCGAAUAUUGGAGGCAUUAAAAGUACGAGUUCUGAGACCUGCUUUGGAAUGGGCAGUAUCAAAUCGGGAAAUGCUCAUGGCCCAGAACAGCUCCUUGGAGUUCAAGCUGCACAGAUUGUAUUUCAUUAGCUUAUUAAUGGGUGGAACUGCAAACCAGCGGGAAGCCUUGCAGUAUGCGAAAAACUUCCAGCCAUUUGCCCUAAACCAUCAGAAAGAUAUUCAAGUCUUGAUGGGGAGCCUCGUGUAUCUGAGGCAGGGCAUCGAGAACUCGCCUUAUGUUCACCUUCUUGAUGCUAACCAGUGGGCAGACAUCUGCGACAUCUUCACUCGGGACGCCUGCACCCUUUUGGGACUGUCGGUGGAGUCGCCGCUCAGUGUCAGUUUCUCAGCAGGCUGCGUGGCCCUGCCGGCUCUAAUUAACAUCAAGGCUGUGAUUGAGCAGAGGCAGUGCACGGGCGUUUGGAACCAGAAGGACGAGCUGCCUAUUGAAGUGGACCUUGGUAAAAAGUGCUGGUAUCACUCUAUAUUCGCUUGUCCCAUUCUUCGUCAGCAAACAACAGAUAAUAAUCCACCUAUGAAAUUGGUGUGUGGCCAUAUUAUCUCGAGAGAUGCGCUGAAUAAAAUGUUUAAUGGUAGCAAGUUAAAAUGUCCUUACUGCCCGAUGGAACAAAGUCCAGGAGAUGCCAAACAGAUCUUUUUCUGAAGAGAUCCCUUCAGACGCCGCUUGUAAGUGACCCUUGAGUCGCAGGCGCAUCGCACAGGACUCAACACUAUUGGCUGCAUUUGCUGCCACGGACUACGGACUCCUGGGUUGCUGGAAGCAGAUGCUCCGGAACCCUGGUCAGCAUUUGAGUGUGUCCACCCCGAGGGCAAGUGCUCCUGCAUUUACCUUACCACAGGGCUUUAUUACACUCUUGGUCUUCAUUUCUGAUCAAGUAAAUACACCAGCAGUUGUCAUUCAAUGCCGGUUUUUGUACUUAAUUCUAUGGUGAUUUUUUUACUUUUUAAGAGCAGAAACGAGAAAUCGCCCUCCCCCAUCUGUUGAAUAUUUCUCCUGCUUUUAUUCUGUCAUCCUCUUCUUGAUGAUUUUCAUCCUUGAAGAAUGUUUGUGAAAAAGUUUUAUUUCCUGUUACGUGUACAUAAUUAAAAAUAAUUCAGAAAAAAGUUUGAUAAAUUGAAUAGUGGUUAUAAAACUAAUUUGUAUUUUUUGCUUAAAGAAGAAAACAAGCUGUGAUCUAUUCUGAGUCUGCUUUCAGCUGUUUCCCUCUGCCCCUUCUUCUCACAGCUCUUCUGGAGUCAGACACACACACACACUUAGAUGUCUGUCUGUCUGUGACUCUGCCCCUGGGCCAGCUGGUGGAAUGACAGCUGAGCGGAGGGCGCAUCAUCUUCUGCUGGAGAGAAUGGAAUGGCAGCGUUGGGUGUGGCGGCUUGUUUUCAGAGAAGGCUCAGUAAAAGGGCCGUGGGCGGCCCGGGCCUCGAGAAUUGGCCUUUCAGUGCGUUGUUCUGUGCCAGGCUGUGGAAUUCUUUACUGUCUCUUUGAAGGGAAGACGCACAUUUCAGUCAUAGGCUGAAGUUGUAAGCUGCGUUGUUUAAGCCCUUUGAAUGAGAAGUGAACUUAAAUCAGUCACUCAGAAUACAUUUGCUUGUGACCAUUUGUAUUUUAGGCAUCAUGUGCUCACACUAUUCUCUGCAGUCUGUCACCUCACUGACUGUGCCUCUGUGCUCGGCUCCUGAUUCAGAUUAUUCCCUGUUCUCUUGUGAGCUUUCCUAACAAUGCACUGUCCCAAAGUUCGCCAUAUGGCAUGUAAAGGUAACUGUAAAGAAUCUUUCUUUUGCUUGCGAACUCUGUUGAGAAGAGCUCUUUGGAGAGAAAACACUGGCCUCGUUGUACUGGUGUCACGCGUUGUAGAGAAGAAUGUUAUUGGGAAAUCCACAUUUUUGACAUCCUGUUUCGUUGGACUUGGAACUGGACACCAGUGUAAAAACUCUUCAUGAGGAGUGAAGAAGAGGCGUUCGGGACAUCGUCUUCAGGGUUGACGUGGCUAUUGAAAACGCUUGGGGUGGGGUGGGGCGGGGCCCGACUUACCAGGUAAGCUGGUAGGGGAGUUGCUCGUACAGCAUUUGGACCUUUUCUGACAGGUGGGUGACGUUUGGCGUGAAGGGUUGGGUGGCCGAGAACGCCACCACAUUCCAUUUGAACUUAGCCUGGGGCUCAGGGAUGCAGCACAAGACCCUCCUUGGCUGGUUGAGCAGGUUUUCAGGAUCUUGGAUUUACUUGGCUCUCACGUUAAUUUGGAUAAGAUCUGAAAUAACAGGGUUUUGCUUCUUUGCCCUAAAUAUAAGCCCGUGUUGUCUUCUGCUCCCAGCUAAAAACUCCCACAAGUCGCUUGGCAGCCAGCAGAGUGUGGGCCUGCUCAUGGCCGACGGAGGGAAGAAGCAGUCUCAAGGAGUUCUUGUCAUUAGGGUACACUGUCUACUUUUCCCUCAACACGUUUAGCCCCCAGAGUUUUCCCUUCUACCCCUGCCAAGCGAAAUUUACUUUGAUUCUUACCAUGUCCUCUUCUUGGAACUUCCUAUGCCUAUAUGACACUUAGAAUUUAUGGGAAACCUUAAAAAUACCUAGAAAAAGGCUGUCGGUGUUUGGCAUGCUAGACGUUUCUGAGAGCAGACACAUGCUGUUUGCAAGACCAUAAGCCAUAGACUUGCUACCAGUUUUAUUUAUCCCAAUGCUAAAAAUUUUGUUCGAUUUAUAGCUUGUAAAAAGUGUGUAGAGAACAUGACUUAGCUGAAGCAUUUGGACUUGACUUUCUAUUCCCCUAGGGCAGCGUUAGGGCCUUAGGAUAUGAAAUUAAAUUUUGGUGUAGAUGAUGACUUAGUUUCAAAACCAUUUUGUCUGGAGACAUGCUUUAUAAAGCACAGCGUGUGUUGUCAAUUCACUUAAGACUAGAUGCUUCAGAGAAAAGUAUUUGAAGACUCUAGGGGCUGAGUUUUUGUAUAUGGUAACCAAAGAAGAUGAAGACCUUCUGAUUCUGGUAAGAUUUCACCAACACAUGAGAUGGCUUGUCCUCCUCAGAGGCUCACGUCCUCAGGGUCCAGAAGAGGGGCGUGGUGGAUGUGUGCAAGGUGCCUAGGGCCUGCCUCCCACCUGUCAGAUGCUCAUGGGAUAGUCAGGGGUUUUUUUACAGGGUUCACAGCAAACACAGGAAUAUAGUGUGAAGUCAAAGCUGUUUCCAAAUGGUUUCUCCGAGUUUCCUUGUGAAUCCUGGCCAUUGGUCAUUCGUGGACAUGGGCCGCACUUCUAUGCUAAGCCAGUUAAGACCUUAUUCUCUAAGCCUCAAGUGCUGGCCCAUGGCCAGACCAGCUCUUUUUCCAGUACAGUUUUCGAGUGACUCGGGUUGUCGUCACCAUUUUCACUUGUUUGCCAUCCCUUUGAGAUGCCAUUGCUUUUGCUUUAGUGGUGAUCAUUUGAGUUACUUUUAAAGGUGAAAGAUUUGUCACAUAUAAAAGAACGGGUAUUGGUGCUUCUUGGGAUGCAAGAGCCACCUCACAUUCAUAGGGUGUGUGAGUGUAUAAAGUGUGCGAGUAUUUAAUUGAAAAUAUGAUGCUAGAGAAACACAGCCUUUGUUGUGAUUACAUAGAGCAGCUCUGUCCAGAAACACUAACCUCCUCCAUACAGCAGUGUGUGGGAAGGGUGGCUCCCUUUCUCCCAAAGCUAGUGUAACAGAGCUGGGACCUAAGCUGCCUGUUACCGCUUGUGCUGUGUGUUCCAUUUCCAUGUUUCUUCAGCAUCUGAGCUAGAAUGGGCCGUUUCUCAACCAGGAGAGUUUGCUUAGCCUCACAGGACAAGCUUCUGGUAGCCGGGUCAGGUAGUCUAGUCAGCAGACUCUGGUUAUCAAAGAGGGGGCGGGGGGCGGGGGGCAGGGGUGGUUUGCUUAACUUUGUCAAUAGGAUGGAAGCCAGAUCACUGGGAUCACUCAUGAGGGCGGUCUCUGUGACUGCACUGAUUGCCAGCUGCCUCCAGGGGAGACUGGGGAGGUGCCCUGAGGAGGAGUUCAGGUGUGGGCAGGUUUUAUACAUACAGUACAUUCAUGUUUACCUUAAGCAGGUACAAAAUUCAUGAAACCUUGGUGUUGAAUUGUAGGCAGAUAGAUACCAAAAACUGGUAGAAUGACACCUGUAUUUUCAUAGUAGACGAGUCAUUUGCUUUGCAGUGUGCAUUUUUACAGCUAUCGUUCUUACUUCAAAACCGAGGGAGAGACUGAGUUUUGUUUCCAGGACGUUCUCUCUGUCCCAGCCCCCCUCAGUUUUCAGCUACAGUGAUCAUAUCAUUUAUUUUCUCCCAGAAGGGAAUGAAAAAGGAGAAGAUAGUUGUUUAGCAACAUUUCUUUUGUUAGCUCUAUCUCCUAGUUAGUGGGAAUCUACACUUGCUAAGGCUUUUGCUUCUGUAAUUUGUCUUUCCCAACAAGCCAGGUAUGGAGUUCCCUAGGACGUAGUAGUGCCUAAUCCUCUUGUGGGGAGAGGGUGUGAUGAGUGUGAGAAGCUGGGUGUGUGUGUGAAGGGGGGGUGUGCGCGUGGAUGUGAAAUUGGACAGGGAGGACCUCCAAAUUCAGGUCUAUUGGGAGGGCCAGGAGUUUAGCGUAUAGUUUCCUCAGGAUUGCAGACAGUGUGCAUGUGUGGUGUUUCCCCCCACUCUUAGACUUUCUUUUGUAAACCUAUGUUGAAAGCAACGUCAUCCAGUUAUCUUGUUCAUAUGGCUCAGGAUUGUAUUUCUUUUGCUUUUGUGCUGUAGGGGUCGAUAGUAUUUCUAUAAUUAUGUAACAAAAAUAGUGUUGCACUGUAAUGUAUCAUAUAGAGCUAUAUGUAUGAAAUUUGAUCCAUUUUUUAAAAAUAUAUGUAUCUUUGCAAAGGCACAAUAAAGCUGCAUCUUAGAGACUGUAGGCAAUAACACGAACAAUAAACAUUAUUUAACACAUGAA